CGGAGUCUCGGACCGCUCCUCGGGUCACCUUUCAGUCACUAUCUUCAUGCAUUGUUUUUCCCAGUAAACCUUCACAAUCAGGUCUGAAUUCGACACGAUCGCUAAUUUCAUGAACGGGUGAAAUCCGAUCCCCCGAUAGAUGGUUUUUGGUGAAUUAAUCGCUCAUGCUAUAAAUUGGGUGUGUAAAUUUCCCCCGGAACUGCUUUUAUUCUGCACUGAUGAUGAUGGAGUCUUCUGGCAAAGACCUCACAGUUUUUGGCUUCAAAGAGGAAGACGAAGCUAUUGAAUCGGUGUCUGGUCGAUACACAGGGAAAUUCAGUAACUCCAAUGAGGGGAAUCUUACGAAGUAUAACUUCCUCCAAUGCUUUGCAGAAAGAACCAAUUUCCAACGGACAGAAACCAACAAUGCAUCAUGUGUAGAAGUUGAUUCAAGUGCUAGUGAUCACAAAUGCAACAAUGACGGUUCACAUGUUUUGGGUUUGUCGGCAGUGGAACGUGCUACUGAAAGAGGAAUUUUGAGUUUGGAUGCUGUUUUGGCAUCCAAUCCCAUGAGUUGUGAGCCACAUGUUUGUAAUAGUAUGGUUAACGUUGAACCUGAAAAUCUCUCUGGUGAAUUGAACUCCUUCAAAGUGGGAUCUUUAAGUCUGGAAAUGCCUUCAUCUGGGAACAAACAAUUUAACUCCACCCUUCUGGAACCUUUGUCCAAUAGUGAGCCAGUUGAUGUGGUUUCUGAUGAUGAUAGCAUGAAAACUUCUUCACCAUCAACUUCUUCCGAUCUAGUUAAGAAUGAAGAUUCUCUUGGGCAACCAGUUUCAGAUCACUGUUUUGAUGGUUGGAAAAUGGAUCAACUAAAUGUGGAUGUUGUUGUUUCCCCGGAUUAUGUUAUGUAUGGGGAUGCAUGUUGUACAGAGUCUUUCUUAGUUUUUUCAUGCAGUUGCAUCAAGCUCGAGGACUCAACUGCAUAUGGAAGCAAAGAAUGGGCCAUUGAUGAUGUUAUUGAUAUUGAAUCUCAGUGGUGUGCAAGGGUUGAGACCGCUAUGGUUAAGCUUUGUCUAAAAUUAGCAGAUGCACUGGGAGCUGAAAAUGCACAUGAAACUCCAGGAAUCUUGGAGUUGAUUUUUGCAGUAUCUGAUCCCAACUGGUCUGAGAAACAGGAAAAGAUCACUUUAUUAAAUGAAAGAUACGGGACUAUAUGGAAUGUUGUGUUCAAUACUGAAUUGGUAAGGGAGGAAGAUUUCGCAGGGCAGAAUGGCAUGCUGUUUUCAAAGCGCUGCUUCUAUAAUUUCGACAAGACUUUUGAAGAAGUUAUCUAUCCAAAAGGCGAUCCUGAUGCUGUUUCUAUUAGUAAGAGAGAUGUUGAACUGUUACAACCAGAGACAUUCAUCAAUGAUACUAUCGUUGAUUUUUAUAUCAAAUAUUUGAAGAAUAAAAUUCAACCUGAGGACAAGAACAGGUUCCAUUUUUUUAAUAGUUUUUUCUUUCGCAAGCUGGCCGAUAUGGACAAAGAUCCAUCUAGUGCUUCUGAAGGCAGGGCAGCUUUUCAACGUGUUCAUAAAUGGACAAGGAAAAUCAAUCUAUUUGAAAAGGAUUACAUCUUUAUUCCUGUAAACUUCAAUCUUCAUUGGAGCUUGAUAGUCAUCUGCCAUCCUGGUGAAGUGGUUAAUUUCAAAGAUGAAGAUGCUAACAAGUCCCUGAAGGUACCAUGCAUACUGCACAUGGAUUCUAUCAAAGGAAGUCAUAAAGGCCUCAAAAAUCUUGUUCAAAGUUACUUAUGGGAAGAGUGGAAAGCAAGGCAAAAUGAGUCACUUGAGGAUGCUUCAUCAAAAUUCAUUAAUUUGCGGUUUAUUCCAUUGGAGCUUCCACAGCAGGAAAAUUCAUUUGAUUGCGGCUUGUUCCUGCUCCAUUAUGUAGAAUUGUUUUUGGAGGAAGCUCCAGUCAACUUCAACCCUUUCAGAAUAACAAAGCUCUGCAACUUUCUUAACAUGGACUGGUUUCUACCUUCUGAGGCAUCUCUGAAACGUGCAUAUAUUAAGAAAAUAAUCCAUGAAAUCCUUGAAGAUCAGUUACAGAAAGUACCUUCAACUGCUUGUGGUGAUGAGAAUCACUCUGAAUUUCUAAAAAAAAAUAAUGAUACUGAAAAUACAGUGGAGUUUCUCUCUGAGAAACUUAGCCCAGUAAAGCCAUCUGAUAUUAGUUCAUCUUGUUCCACUGCUGAACGAGGUAUUGAAAUCAAACUGUUGUCUGCAUCAUCUCUUGGUGGUUCUCAAUGCACCAGGGAGUUACUUGAACCAGGAGCUUCUGCUGGAUCAUUCCCUGAUGGGCAAUAUCAGCUUUUUGAUCAGGCGGAACCUUUGCAAAGACUAAACUCUGCUAUAUCACCAGUUGAGGAUGCACUACAGGAUGCUGAAACUGGUAAACAAUUUGCGUACUCACCAUCAGGUGAAGCCUUUCAGCCAAAUGAAGCUUGCAUGGCUUCCUCAUAUUUCUGUAAAGAUUUUGGAGCAACAGGCACACUUUGGAAUCCAAGAAUCUGCAUGCAACUGGAUAAAGAUGAGGAUGAAAGCUCCUCUCCUAAUUCCUCUGGUUGUGAAGCACAAAUUUCAUCAGAAAUAGAGGUGGGUGAGCAUUUUAAAAAUAGGGAUGUUGUUGGUGCAAAUCAGCCGGAGGAAACAGUGGCAGAGAAGCCAGCAGCAGACUCACCAGAAAAAAUUUGGUGUCUCACGGGAAGCCCAACUUCAGCCUCCAAUGAAAGAUUGGAGAAUUGUAUUGUUGAGGAUUCUCAAGAAAUGGAUACAAUGUGUGAGAAUAAUGGAUCCAUUACUUGCCAAGAUCCCCUUGCCCCGACCCAUCAUUAUGAGGUUGAGUCAACUGAAAACCUGGAUUUUAUGGCCAAUCAUGUGGAAAUAGGGAGUAAUGAUCCACUGUCAGAUUCAGAUGAAAGAGUUGUAAAACGGCCAAGGCUCGGGCCUCCCCUUGAAGAACUGUGACAAUUGACAAGCAAGAGGUCUGUCAGUGCCAGAAGGAAGUAUUCACGACUUGGGUAAUCAGAGGGGUAUUUGUCUUCUUACUGGGGUUGCUGAUUUUGCCGUGUUGUGAAUAUUUUUUUCACGGCUCUACAUUGAGAAGGGUUGGGUGUCCAAUCAUAGGAUUUGAGAUUUGCUAAUAUUUUUCUUGUAGGAAGGUAGCCCUUUGUGGUAAUAUUUCUUGUAAAGAUAUUCAUCAAAAAAAUAUUUCUUGUAAAGAACCAUGCAUCAUACAAUGAAUCCCCCCCCUUCCCAAGUCGUUGAUCAAUAAUCACUCUUUUUAUGUGAA